AUCUUGUGAGGAACAUUUGGGACUGACAUAAGGACAAAAGCAUGGUAUGUGGACUGAUGAAUAGUUCCAACUGGAUGGACAUCUCUCUGAAGAUACACCGCUUGUUUCUCAUGAAGUCCAUUAUCUCUCAGCUACACUUGAAAUUUGCAGAGAAGACAUGGAAUGAAACCUUUCAGCUUGUCCGAAGAUGCAUGGACAGACGCAAAGAUGAAUCCAGACCCUAUAAGCCACUGGUUAGAUCACUGGAAAGGCUCCAGGAAGAGUUAAAUGUGUCCUGUAUGAAAGCCAUGAGGUCUCGUCUGGAGAUGAUCGCCAAACAGCAAGGAAUGGGCUUUCACAUUACCGAGGCCACAUGCUACCUGACAGCCGAUUUGUUCUACCUGGAAGUGGUGCUGCUGCCGUGUGGCGGGGUGGCGGAGGUCAAAGUGGCUCCACAUGGAGGCUUCCCUGUUCCCAGUGAGUCCUUCCUGCAGCUGCUGAGGUCAAAACAUUUUGCUGAGUUCUCCGUGAAGUUGGCAGGCCUCUUCACCCAGUACAACAUCCCUGGGGACAAUGUAAUCAAAUUAAAAUUGUUUGCAUCUCUGCAAUGCCUCGGGAAAGACUUGCAGCAAAUCUCACAUUUGCCAAGGGAGCCAAAGGACUCUGACCCCCAAGUGGACAUGAUUAACAAUGGCAGGAUCGGGUGUCUGAUAGCUGGAAGAGAAGAUUGCCCCCUGACGAUCCAGUUCUAUAUCACCCCGACUGAUGGGAUGAAGACCUCAGAUUUACAAAUGGCCAACACAGAGGCAUUCAUCCAGGCAGCCCAUGUGACUGUAGGUGUCAGUUAUGAAACCCACAACCUUCAGAUGGCGUCUGUGAUCCCACAGCUGGAUCCCCAGGGUCGUCCUGUGUUCCUGCCGUUUAGUGAGGCACCAUGUGAAGCGCUGCCUGCCUGCUUUCUCCUCAAACUGCAGCCAGCAAUACCAAUGAUGUUGUCUUUUGUAAUCAAGCUCAGACAAAUUACAGACAUGGCCAUACCAGAUGUUGACCUGCAGUGGGCACCAUUACCCAAGCUUCUGACGAGACGCUCACUGAGUGCAAACAGCCAUGAGGAGACAUCAGAUGAGCAGGAUACUAUUUUUACAGUGCCUCUUCCUGGUGGUGUGAUGCACAGUUAUGUCCUCCCCGGAGCUGCAUGGGAGGUGGUUCCCCAGAUAGGGACCGUAGUGGACAGUAUUCCCUUCACCCACCCGGCCCACGUCCCAGCCCUGCUGGAGCUGCUCCGACAUCAGAGCGCCAUCAACACCCUGCUGAGGAGCUGCAUCACUUCUGAGUGUGCAGGAACCGGUUCGGUUUGUGACCUUCACUUCGAAGUCCUUCCCGAGUCUGAGACCAGCUUUUCUGUGACCUUCCACCGACCUGACACUGACUCGCUCGCUGUCUUGCUGGUAAACGUACCUGAUCCCCGUCAGAUCAUCUGCACUUUGUUCGGAGUAGGAACAGGGGAUCCCUCUCUGAAUGAAUAUCUUUCCACUGUCAUGAAGAGGUUCAUGUCCAUUCCUGUGACCUUGACGACAUUAUACAGCAAGCUAGAGGAGGUCACCUCUGCUCCACUUUCUCCUGGCCACCCGGCCACCACAGAGGCCGAAAAUGACCACUCAGCUCCCUCGAGGAUUGUUGUGACCGACACCAACGGCGCCUUGACCGCGUCCUCCCAGAGUGCAGCUGUGCCAGAGGAUGGCUUCAGCGUCUCUGGUUCGGCCUCCUAUGCCAUGUCUGUAGCCAAAUCUGAGCUCCUUCCUGAAAUAAACACGAGUCCUGCUGUCAACCCGUACAUGUUCUCUCCUGUGGGUGUGUUUUCUCACUGGGUGACCAAUGGCAGCCAACUGUCAGAGCUCAUCUGAAUCUGUACGCGUGUAUACAUGACGUGAUGACAAAGUUUAGCCUUUUAAAAUGUGUCAUUUUUAGAAUUAAAUAAAUGUUUCAUAAAGCAAA